AUGAGUUUAGGAAUAUCAAGGGAGGAACAGGAACUUAAAGUUCUUGAUUUGAUGUAUCAAAACUUUCCAAGUUUGAGUAUUGAUCAAGAUAUAUUGGUCAAUUGGCAAGUUGAACUUCUGGAUAAAUUAACUGAUUUUACUUCAUUAUCAUCAAUAGUUUCUGAUAAUAUUAUAAUUGAUGCUGAUAUGAUUGAAUUUGAUUAUGUUCCGGAUAUUGCAAAUAUUAUUAAUGAAUUAGAAGAUGCAUUUGAUGAUGAUGAUGAUUUUAAAGUUAUUAUAUUGGAGAUCUUAAUAUGUUUGAUUUCAUUAUCUUAUAGAAUUAAAAACGUUUUGCAUCCGGUUCUGGAUCAAUUGAUUGAUUUAUUUUUAAAGAAAUUAAAGUCUAGAAAUGAUUUUGCAAUACAAGAAAUUCAAACUCCAAGUGUUGUGAGUCAAUAUAUGAGAUUGAUUAUUUUGUUUAUGGAUAUUGGAUGUAACAACAAACAGUUUAAACUUUUGAUAAAUCAGUUGAUGUGUAAUAAGAAUCCAAAAACGAAUUUGGUGUUGUUGGAGUUAUUUCAUCAAAUGUAUACCAAGUAUCAAUGCCAGUUCCCAUUAUUAUCUGUCGUGAAUCAAACCAACUAUUCUUUCAACAAGGACCUGUCGUUAAAGAAGGUGUUUACUAUUCAUUCAUGGUUGAAAAUCAAUCAUCAGUUUCAUAGUUCCAAAGAGGAUCCAAUUACAUUAUUUACAUUGUCAAGUUCUGGUUCAACUAAUGAUGAUGCAAACAACGGGACGUUGUUAAAAGUACAAAUAAUAAAUUAUAAUCAAUUUAAAAUUGAAAUUAAAAAUAAUAUUAAUGGCUCACGAAUCCGAUACUCGUUCAAUCAAAAGUUGCAAGAUACUAACAAAAACCAAGGAUUUAUCCACUUUGUUUUAACAUACGACAAUUAUGCCACGUUGAACUUAUACAUUGACGGUGAGUAUAGUGAGUCAAUACCAUGUCCUGAUUUGCAUAAAUUUUUAAGGAAUUGGAACAAGAUUUCUGUUGGUGAAACAAAAGAUGAUAUUACUUUGAAAAGUGAUGAAAUUGCACUCCGAAAUUUAACUAUUCUUAAUACUAAUUUAUCUUAUGAAUGGAUUAAUUUAUUAUACAAUCUCGGGCUUGGAUUCUCAUGGGAUACAAAAGAUUUGACGAGUGAGACAACUUUUAGUUUAUUAAGUCAAUUAAGCUAUCAAGGUUUAUUUAAUGUAACCGUUAAGUUUGACGAGAUCAAGGAGAAGAAUAAGGCACACAACAAUAGUAAUUCACAUAUAUUUGGUGCAGGACAUUCCAGUUCUCGAAAUUCAUUAGCGGCAUUUGGAGGCAAUUUACGAUACCACCAUCACCAUCAUAAUCAUAAUCAUCGCAGUAGGAAAGCAAACAGUUUAGCUCGCAAAGAGAAAAUGCCAAGAAUCCCC